AUGACUGAGAAAUUAACCAACGCUACCAUCAUAACAGAAUUUCUGCUCAUGGGAUUCACUGAUGACCAGGUGCUACAAGGACUCUAUGUUCCAUUCUUCUUCCUGAUUUACCUGACAGCACUGAUGGGGAACCUCCUCAUUAUUAUUCUCACCACCACUGACCAGCGUCUCCAGUCGCCCAUGUAUUUCUUCCUAAAGAAUUUGUCCUUGAUUGAUAUCUGCUACAUCUCUGUCACUGUGCCCAAAUCCAUCAUAAACUCUCUAACCAAAAGCUAUUCCAUCUCUUUCCUGGGAUGUGCCUCACAAAUUUUUCUUUUCAUUUUUUUGGCUGGCACAGAGUAUGCUCUCCUUAUAGUGAUGUCCUAUGACCGCUAUGUUGCCAUCUGCCAUCCUCUGUACUAUGAGAUAACCAUGAAUAGAGGCACCUGUCUGCAGAUGGUGAUAGCAUCGUGGGCUAGUGGGUGUGUCUAUGGAUCCAUUCAUGUUGCAGGUACAUUCUCUGUACCUUUCUGUGGACCUUACAUAGUACAUCAGUUCUUCUGUGAUAUUCCUUCUGUGCUCACACUUGCUUGUUCAGGAGAACAAAUUCUAGAAUAUGCAUUUGUCAUUACUAGCUGUACUUUUGCUUUUGUAUGCUUUCUUUUCCUGAUUGCCUCUUAUGUUUUCAUUUUUUCAGCUGUCCUGAGGAUCCCAUCUGCACAAGGCAGGUUCAAAACUUUUUCUACCUGUACACCACACCUCACUGUAGUGAUAUUGUUUCUCUUUUCUGGUACUGCCAAUUAUUUAUGGACUAAUUCUAAGUCUGCAUCAUCACUGAAUCUCUUCAUGUCUGUAUUAUACUCUGUAUUACCUCCCAGCCUGAACCCUCUCAUCUAUAGUCUGAGGAACAAGGAUAUGAAGGCAGCCUUAGGCAAAAUACUGGGGGUAAAUUGUUACUAAAUAUAUAAGUACUCUGCUGACUUUAAAUUCUAUGGUAAGUGAAAUCAUUUAUUGAGAGCUAGAUCUAUUAACAUUACCAUAUUUGCCAUCUCUCCUGCUUUAGCUAUACCAAAUUUACAUAUUCUGCAAUCAAUUCCUAUCCAAUGAUUUUUAUAUUUUUUUGUGAAGCUGAGGACUGUCUAGGAAGCACAAUGUGUAUUGAAUGUAUUCCAUCAUUAAUUUCAUAUCAAAAGAUUCUGUUUGGGUUAUUCUGAUGGUUUCAUUUCUUUUGUUAAUAUCAUCAUAAUUU